AUGGGAUUUCUUGUAAGUGCAGAUGUGGCCCGGGGUGUUGCUCACAAUGCCAAGCGGAUGGAACUAGCAACAAGGCACUUGCCGCCUGAUGUCGCCUAUGGCGUCUGGGUCCAGCCUUUGGAAGGAAUCCAAUACAAACACAUGGUUCUUUUCGAGGAGAUUCCCCAGGAAGAGCUCUUUGCAGCCUUACUCUUUCCAAUGGAUUGGUUGCUGUGGCAGAAGCUUUUCCAGGUUGACACAUGCCAGCUUGGAACGGGCCGCGAAAAUCUGUGGUAUUCGGAGGACCAGAUCGAAUCGGAUCAGUUGGCUGCAGCGUCUCCCAAGGCGACCUUUGUGGAGGACUGCUGGAAGGGAAUGGGAGGUCGACCAGAAGCCUGGUACUUUGCAUGCUGUGAACUUGACUGGGACUGGUGCUGGGUGGAGCCCUUCACACGUGAAGAGUGCUGCCCUCCUCCAUUUCUGCACGAGGAAGUCUUUCCUGGCAGGCCGCGGAGUGAAGAUGCAGACGUGGUUCAAGGCUUCUUCCGUUUUGACAACGCAGAGUUCUACCUGUUGACAGAGGCCCUGCGAAAGGCGGGCACGGGUGAAGUGCGCGGCCUGACCCGAUCCAGGUGCUUGACACCAGAAGAUUGCGCACAGGAAGCGUUCGUGAGGCUUUACCACAGUUUCUGGCAGGCAGGCUUGCUACCUCUUCGGCAUCCCUGGCUCAUGAAGGAGAAUGAUCGCUUGCAUGGAGUUGCUUGGAAGUUGCAGCAGGAAGCUGAUGAUGAACAGGACAGCAAAGCUGAAGCUGCAGAGGCAGGAAACGAAAGUGGUCAGCAGGUGGAUCGAAGAGCAAGUGCAUUUGAAGAGUACAUUGUAGAUCGCCGACAGAUCACCCAUUGGAUGCAGCAAUCAGCUUCCAAGAUAGCGCCCAAGUCCAUCCCUGGUGCGAGACGUUGCCUCGAAUGGGAAAAACCCAAGUACAGUCAACGUUUCUUCCGGGAUCAUUGCGACUUCUUCGAUGUGGUGAUCUAUGCGCAAUCUCCUGACUGGAAGAUAACCACCAACGACAAGGGCAAAGCCUACUAUAUGGAUAUCCAUGAAGCGGAGAAGCUGAUUGAAGCAGGCACCUUUAGCCUGGUGAUCUGCACCCAGGUCUUUGAGCACCUCAGAGAGCCCUACAAGGCCAUUGAGCAAAUCUUCCGCCUUCUGGUGCCCGGAGGGUUUGUCGUUUGGAGCGCGCCCCUUUUCUCUCAAGUCCAUGGGACACCGCAAGACUACUUCCGUUAUACUCCAGAUGGAGCCAGUGCCCUGGCGAAACAUGCUGGUUUCGAUGUGGUCAGUCAAUAUGCUCCCGGAGACUUGAAAUGCCUCGUUGGAGUCCUACUCGGUAUGAUUUCGCCAUACUGGACAGACGAGGAGUUGUUCAACGAGUUUGAGGGUGGCUUCCCUCUUCAGGUUUAUCUGAUUCUGCGGAGGCCCCCGAAUGCAAGCAAAAAUCAAGAGCCUUCUUGCUUGCGAAAUCACGGAAGUUUUGCCCCUGAUUUUUUUGAGUUUUCGUUGUUGAAAGCCUUUCAUUGGUUGAUUAAACGCUGUGCGGUGCUGCACAGGGAUUGGGGCGGUGCAGUUAACAUGGAUCCAAUGUUCGGGUGA